AUGAAGCUGAUUUAUUUUAUUUUCAGUCUGCCUGAGAAUCACUGUAAUUCCCAACGAAGUGACGCUAAGAGGGACGCUAGUUAUAGAUGGCCAAGGAGUCUUCACAGGGCAAUUAGUAGUUUGCUGACAAUCGAUCAAGUACCCGUAAGUAGUGGGUUGUUUUGGAGUUCGUUUCAGCGAAUUUUAACAGAAGAUUUGGGAAUGAAAAGGGUUGCUGGCAAGUUUGUUCCUCGGGCUCUGGCUGACAAUCAAAUGAACACCGAGUUGAACCAUGUCGUGCUUUGA